CCGCAAGUUAUUAUUGAACCUAUACCAUUGACUACUUUUACUAGAAAGACUGCUGUUUCUGAAAUUUCAACUCGAGCUACCAUCGAUCUGUGUAUUAUAAACAAGGUUCUAAGUAUUGUACAAGAUAACUCAGUAAAGCUUAACCAGCUUUCCAGACACUGUGCAAAGUUGGAAUAUUUAAUCAAGGAGCAACAAAUACAGCUUGAAGAGGUUUCAAAAAAAUUUGCUGAAAUUAAUGAAUUAGAAACAAAAAAAGACAAUAGAAAAAAGCCUUUGAAAAAUACAGAGGAUAUAUAUUUUCAA